AUGUUGCCGAAGCUUAGGAAAUUUCUGACAAGGCCUAGUCGAGCAAGGACGGAUUCAGAGGCGGUUAACGGCGAUGAACUGCCUAAGGAUUUAUCUGACCCGGACAAUUUGUUUAUAGAGGAACCGUAUCGCAGCCGAACAGGUUCGGUGGACGAAAAUAUUUUCAACCAAGAACUACACUUCAUUGUGGACUAUCUAGGAUACUGUCAAGUGUCCGAAGUACAGUCGAUUUCGCUGCUUUUGGAAAGCGUUAAACGGGUCAAAAAAGGCUGCUCCGAACCUAGCCGUGUCGACUUUGUUAUAAAGGAAGGUGUAUUAAAGAUUUCCACUGUCGGUUGUCAUGCUUUGAUUCUAACCGUGCCGUUGUAUAUUGUGGCACUAUGUGCACAGGAAUCUCUGAGAGGGUUUGAUAAGUGUUUUGGACUAAACAUAACACGAAAAAAUGCGCACUUAUGUUAUGUCUUCCAAGCUGGCUCAAGCCUCGAGGUAAGGUGUACUACGAAAAGUUGAAAUUCUAAAUUGCUUUGUCAUCGUUUCGCCCCCGAAUAAAAACAUUUGAACAAAUUCCUGUAGGUUUUAUAGUAAUUCUAAACCAUGCCAGUGCUUUCCACGAGGGUCCCGAAAUAUACACUGUGUAAUCAGCAAAACCUUGUGUUAGUUGUGUAAUUAAACGAAUUGCAGGGGAUCUCAGCAAGGAACUUAAAUUACACAGACGCGGCGUGUUCUCGUGUUUAAAAACAAGUCGAAAACAUUUCCUAAAAAAAAAUAAAAUCACAGCAAUUUACUUAUCUCCGUUUAAAGCCCCGUUUGUGAAUAACUUUAAGCGGUUUAAACUUACCCGGGGAAAUUCGACACCGCCGAAAAAAACAAUCUAUUUGUUUGUUUUUGAGAUGUUCAGAUUUUGAGCUAUUCGGAAAUUAUUAAUAUUUGAACUUUGUUCACUUUGCACAAUAUGAAUUAUAUAAUUUCUUCCUGAAAAAUUAACAUGACUUGAUCGAAAAUGAUUAUGGGGUCUGGUCUUACUUAUUGGCAUUUUUCAUUGUUAAUAACACCUCAUUUUUUAUUGAAAUUUUACGGCUUUUUGUGCGGGAAAGUGAACAGACUUUGUAAUUAUAAAUGUCACUGUAUUAUACUAUUGCGAUAAGCGUCUGCAGGGGAGGGCAAGCAAUUAUCUCGAUAUUGGCUGGCUUUUUAUUACGGAAUAUCAUAUUGUAUCGCCGGUUUUUGUGCUCUCUUUCUUGUGCUUGCCGUUAGGAUUUGUUGCUCAAACAAAAACCGACAUUUUCGUAACUUCCUGUGGUAGAAAAUUGAAGAGUUUUGUAUUCAAAUGAGAAGGGUAUUCAAGCAUGAUGUCACCGUGAAAUUAAGUGAUCAAAAUUGCAAAUGACAAAAUACGUUUAUUACAAUUUUAUUAGCACUUUUUGUGGCUGUUCGCAUCAGUCAUCAGCUAGCCUGGCUUGGGAAACUGGGCUAGCUUGCCUUGCUUGACCAAAUUCUCAUUUGCAGGCUAAGUCCCCAGCAAAUGAUCAUUUCUUUGUACUUUUGUGACAUUUUUAACCCAUUAAAUUGCAUUGCACCCUACUUUACUCUGUCUAAUGCCAGACAAUUUUACUAAGUUAAGGGGAAAGCUCUAUAGUGCUCAAUGGGUUAAUCACAGUCUGUCUGCCCAUGUGUCUAGUUAACCCAUUAAAUUACAGUGGACCUUAACAUGCCCUACUUUUGAUACUUUAAUAUUAUUUUACUCUGUCUAAUGCCAGACAAUUUUACUUCUUGUCAAGGGGAGAUUGGGUUAUUAAGUGAAAUAAUUGUAAGAUAGGUCCUAUUGAAACUGAUUUGUCGUCAUCAUAUGUCCAGGGCUGCAAAUUACUGUCGGACAUCGGACAAUGUCCGACUAAAGCCCGUUCUCCACUAGGCGAAUUUAUUCGCGCGAACAGAUAAAAAGUAGGAAGCGAUCCUACUUUUUCGCCGCGAAUUUUUUCGCCGACCAAUCACGUUGCCGGAUUUCGGUUUUCGCUUCGCGUCGCGCGAACAAAUUCGCGUAGUGGAGAACGGGCUUAAAUUUGGCAAAUGUCCAAGCAAAAGUGAUUUUGAUCGGACAUUGGUCCGAUCAAUUGUCAUUAUACAUUUUUUGCUGUGACAAAUUCACUCAAUUUGCAUUUUGCAAUAAAAUUUACGAGGCGAUCUAGCAUUUAAUUUUACUUAACGUUGCAUCGAAAUGGCAUACAUACUUGUCUAUAGUGACUUAUAUAUAAUAUAUAUCUUGUGACAUAUAUAUGUCCGACCAAAUUUAGUGAUGUUGGUUUUUGUCCAACCAAAUUCAAGUUAUGUCCGACCAAAAUUAAAAGUGAUGAGACAAAUUAUGUCCUGUCAAGUCAAAUAUUUAUUUGCAGCCCUGUAUGUCCAACAGAUUAUCCAUUUUGGUGUUAACGUUAACACAAACAAUACUCCUGACGAAAGUAGCCUGAUAGUUUCCUCAUAGUUCAUUGCAUGCCAUAUUUACACUGCACACACAUAUCUUGUUGAAGAUGGUCGAACUACAGGGGGUGGGCAUAUUGAAUGUGGGUCAUAUUUUUCAAUCAAGUUUUUCAAUAUCUAUCCAACAUCUGGGAGGUCAUGUCUGACGUUGAUUCAACAAAGUUGAAUCAACGUCAUUUUGCCUGCUGGGUGGUGGACCAGAAUGUGAAAUUACUGUAUAUAAACCCUCUCAGCUAUCUAUUUCAAUUAAGGUUGUCACAAGCAGUUGUCAAAUGUACAAUCCAUUUAAGUGCAUAUGUGAUUCAGGGAAUAAGUUGAGAUGUUUUUUUUUUUUUUUUUUUUUUUUAAUUGUGCAAUGCAUUAUAAAUUGUCUCCUGGGAUUAGCAAGUGACAAGCAUUUAUAUUAUUUGCUUUUAUAUAAUACCAUAUUGAAUUCUGGUCAUUUAAUUGGCUGUUUAUGGUCACAUGAUAUUGAAUAGAAAAUUCCAUUUCCCAAGAGUGCAAUGGAACACGUUCCAUUGCACUCUUUGCGAGUGCAAUUGCACUAUACAUUUUAUUCCAUUGCAUUCUUUGUGUUUUUGAUAAAUUGCAUCCGUCAAAAUGCUUUUCAUACGAAUCUAUUAGUCUAUUUUGGUAUUAUAUAAAACAAAUAAUGAAUGUUUAUUCGUGCAAUGGUAAGAAUAUUUUCAUUCGGUGAAAGAUGGAAUGUUCCAUUCAACUGGGCUGGCCAUUCACCUCAUGAAAAUAUUCUUACCAUUGCACGAAUAAACAUUCAUUAUUUGUAUACUAUAUAUUUACAAGUAAUUCAAGUACUGCUUGAUAUAGCAAAUCAAGCAGUACUGAGCAGUGACAUAUUCUUUGGUCAUUUCAAGUGGGGUGGGGGGGGGGGGUGUUAACACCUCAUUUUUAAUGACAAAGAGACCACUUUGAUCACUUAUCCCAUCCCUUUGAGUUCUCUAACUAAGUUGGAGAUUGUAAAGUUGAUUUUUUAGUAAUCCUCUAACAGGUACAAUGUGAUUAAAUUUGAUUAAAAUAUCCCAUACUGUGAAGUACUAUUUGUAAAAACAACUGAAAAAGUAGCAUAUUUUACUGAUGACCUCUCCCUUAUUUUGCCAAUCAUUGUUCUGUCAUCCGAUUUACUGACAAUCUUAGCAAAAACUAGUGGGGUUGAAAAAUGCCCCCCCACAAGGUAUCCCCUUCUGGGAGAGACAGUUAAGAUAAUGUGUCUCUACUAGUGUAAUAGUUUGGCAAAAUUUUUUGAAAAUUUUGCGAAGUUCUUCCCCUUCCCAUAAUUGGGGGUGAGGGGGGUGAGGGUGUGCAUGUGCAGCAUCCAUUCACACCCCACCUCCCUAUACACCCCUGCUUACAACCUUGUGUCUUUGUAAAUUCCUGUAUGUACAGUUUAGGUUGCACGUUAUGUCGCCAUUGCCAUCAGUGCCAUGUUGGCGAUAUUUCAACAAAAGAAUGUCAUAAUCUUUCAAUCAUUUCAUGACAAACUACACCAACAAGCUAUCAACAAUAAUGCAGCUAUUUCAAUUAAAUAUUGUCAUAGUGUACAUAGUAUUGUCAUAAUAUUACAUGGGUAUACCUAAACUUUGGCUAUGAUUACAUCUAGGUAACAUACGCGCAACCAUUGCUCAUUUUGGUUUUGGCAAUUCCCAGCCACGUAUGCAUGCGUUUGGGUUUGCAUUUAGUUUAUUGGUCACAAUAGGUAGAUUGCAACCAAUCUCUUGGGAAUUUGAAGACAGUAAGAUGGUGGCCAUCUUGGUGCCACUGGGGUUGAAAUUACCAAUGGUGACCAACUUUGCAUCUGCUGACCAGAUAUUUACCAAAAACAAUAUUAAAAUGAUGAAAUAAUCCUAGCCCUAAAAUAUCUCAGUGUCUCAAGUAUUCCAUUCUGCUUCUUUGCCAUCAUAUUAAACAACUGGGUUUUUUUAAUGUUAUUUAUAUACACAGAGAAUACUUCAUAUCACAUUGAUAUAUAGGAAGAUCUGAUAUUAAAUUUGGCGAUAUUAAAUUUUUUAAAUUUCAAAGUUUCUCGGUUUCGAGGUUCAGUUUUUUGCCUGAGUUUGUCCAAUGUCCAUCGGCAAGGCAAGGCUGUUAUAAAAUUCUAUGACUAUGUCACAGCUCCUGUAUCCGUUUUUCGUACCCAAUGGAUUAAAAAAAAUUAAAUAAAAUUGUUGUGUGCCACGAGUCACCUUUUGUUGACAUUGAAUGGUGCAGUUUACCCAACUAGUAAAUUAUAAAGGGUUAAUUGACCGAGCGUGAGGUCUGUACUGUGAAAUAUCAGACCGAGGUUUUUUAGUAUGGACCGAGCGACGAAGGACCGAGGUGCAUGCAAAAAACAGAGAUCUGAUAUUUCACAGUACAGACCGAACAAGCGAGGUCAAUAUAAUCGGUUUAUUUUAUGGCUGAACUGAGUCUGUGAGCAUAUGCUUUUCGCGCGAAUUAAAUCGGCUAUCGUCAGUUUCACUGGGUAACAAUAUACGGUAGGCAUGCAUGCUCAAUAAAAAAACAAUUUGGUUGUUUGAAAUUUUUAUCUGUAAAUUUUAAUGACACACAAAUGGAAAAUUAAAAAGCAAAAAUUUUUUCUGUUUGCAAAGCAAAAAUGUCCCGCCUGACAUCCGGGACACCGGUUCAGAUACGGAAAAUACGGACCACGGUCCGGAUAUGGGUUUUUACGGACCGCUUGUCAACCAAUCAGAAUAGAGAAUUUUGAAAAGCCAUAUGAUAAUAAAUUUUGUCAACCACUUUUGCCGUGUAUACUGUUUACAUUUUCUACAAGCAUGUAGAAACUAUUAGAUUCAAGUGCUAUUCGUGAGAACAUGACGGAAAUUCUUGACAAUUCAGAUGGAAAGUGUAACAUCAUUCGAAAAUAUUAUUCCAUACGAUUGUGCUGCGUGAUUUGAACAUAUACUUUCAUGCAUAUACCAAAUGUGAUCUGGCAAAAAAAUCCGCCCACCGCCACACGUUUUUUUACUGCGACUGGUGAUAAACUGGGAUGUUAUUUUUUUUUACAUGGCUUAAAAGGUUGUGUACUCCUAUUUGGCGAUCUGUCAUUCUAUCACUAUACGAAUCUGAAUCCCUGAGGUUAAAAAUACUGUAUCAAGUGCGGCACACGUCAUCACUUUUGCAACUAUGUUCCCAUCUUCAACCCAGACGUUACCCAGAUUGCUUUCAGAUUGAGACGUAUUGGACUAUCUUGUGCUCAUACAGUUUCCUAGGUGACAAAGUAUACACUGUACACAAAGUACAAGAGAUUUCACUUGAAUUAACCCAAAUUGCAUUGAUAUGCAACUAUCUCCUCUUGACAAGUAUAAAACUGCCAAAAGUCAACUGAAGUAAAAUUUAUAUCAAAACAUACCGUAUGCACUUAAAAGGUGCAUUGCUGCCAUGGGUUUUUUCAUGUUUUUUUACGGCCGUUACACGGCCCCAAAACUCAAUCAUGAAUUGAGUUUUGAAAUCCAUUCUUCUCAUCAAAAGUUUCAGUGCAGUAAGAAUGAAGCUAAACAUGAAUUAAAAUUGUGACGUGGAAAUCAUAUUUCCCGUCAGAAACCCAAGAAAGUAAGAAAGAACGAACAUACCACCUGCAAUUCGUUUUACAACACAAAUUUAAAGCAAUUUUGAGCUGUUCUAAAGCCACGUAAACUGUAAAUACUGAAUUGUGAAACUUUCGAGGCUUUUGCCCAUGCAUGGAUACCCUGAGUUCCACCUUGCUCUCGCCAUCGGGGAGUUGGGGGGGGGGGGAGGAGACAACCGCCAGAUAAGACCCCAAUUGUUGCGUGCGUGAUUCCCCUUGUUACUGAGCUUUGAUAGCAACAUACCAGAAUCCUUAAGAUACUCAAAUCCAAAAAACAAAAACAAAAUUCCAGUCCUGGGAAACUAUAUAAGGGUGACUGCUAAAAUAUAAUGAACUUCUGGAUUUUUUCCAAAACGAAUCCAAUUAUUUUAGCUAUAAAGUAUUCCUUCUGAUAAUACUCGUGCUUAUUUUCAACGCCCCGAAGAGAUUUGACAUGAGCCCUAAAACCCUUUGAACGUGGAAAGAAAGGCACCCGAAUCUUUUUCUGACAGAGAUGAGAAGGCGAGUGGAAUUUAACCAGUGAGAAUGUCACCUCUUUGCCAGAGGGAAAAAUCAACUCAACAUUCUUAAAAUUUCCAACAGCAUUUCAAAGCUUGCGUGCAAAGACCUGCAGCACGCCCCAAGUACCACUUACCGUUCUUCAACAACAUAAUUAAUUUUAGUAAAAUGGAGUGCUUUCAACAUGAGCCCUUUGGCUAUAUAGGAAGAUUGGGCAACGACAUUAACCAAUUCAUUAAAUCAUUAAAUCAAUCAUAAAACCCACGAGGGUUCAUUUCCAGGAAUAUUCAAUUGUCUGAUCAUAAAUGGUUCUUUAUACGUAACAAUUUUUUCUGGCAAAAGAUUGACGAUAUCUCCUGUAUCCAAGGAGCUUUGUUCCAAAACUAGUCAGGCCAGUUUUUGGACAAGGAAAGUUUGUUCAUUUGUACGGCCGCCAAGGAAAACUUGACAAGUGUACAAGAAAUACUUCUAUGGUUUUGGCAAACAAAACACGACCUUGCCGUGAGAUAAAUGUUUAACAACAUUCUGUGUAAUGAGCAAGACUUGUCAAGGGAUAAUUGUCUGCAGGAAAUUUUCAUAUAUAUCUUUCAGGAAAUUGUUGUCAUCUUAUAUACUGGAACGCCAUAUAAUUUACUUAAUGUUUACAAAAGCGUUUUGCAAGUCGAGAUUGUCCACCACAAUUGUUUAUCAUAAUGUGUGGCGCCAUAGGUUCUCUGAAAUCUACAUAUGCAGGAAGUUUUAUAUUUGACUUACACAGGAAAUUUCUUUUUUUGGAUUUUGUUGCCAGGAAGAGAAAUAUAUUUUCUUGACCUGCCAAUCGCCCCCUCCCCCAACCCCCCCCUCCAGUAUACACCUGCUGAUGCAGACCAUUUCUGAAGGGGUGGACCUUCAACACUCUACCCUCCCUUACAAAAUUCGCCUAUGAGUAGAGAGACUCGAUAUUGCAAGUACCGAAUACCAGUAUAUCGUCAUGAUCAUACCCAGUAUAUAUUUUGGUAUUUUUGCCAUUUGUGUUAUUUAAACAUGCAGCAAAAGCGCAAAUCCAUUCGCUGCGAAACUAUUGCACUAGCCUUCAUCAAACGAUUAUCGCACAUGUAAUAACAAAGCAGGGGUUGAAAUUAAGCCAGGUUGCCAAUUGAGAUCAGUUUUUCCAUCUGCAUGCAUGCGAUCAGAUAUUCCAUGCCAAACAAUUCCGAAGUCUUAAAAUGACUCGACUAUUUCAUUCUUUUAAUUUGCCAACAUAUUAAACAGCUGUUUUUUUUUAUGUUCUCUAUAUAGAAAUCCAACAAUUAUAGCCCAAAAAAGGUUUGAGUGAAGAGUUAAUGUUAUAAUGGCAUCUAUUUAAAUCAACAUAUAUUGUUGUAAAAAUAAUAUUUUUGGUGAUUUUUACACCCGCGUCUAAGCGGGUGUAAAAAUCACCAAAAAUAUUUUUACAACAAUAUAUGUUGAUUUAAAUAGAUGCCAUUAUAACAUUAACUCUUCACUCAAACCUUUUUCAGACUAUAUUUGUUUCGCACAAAUUAUGCAUUAGAACUUAAUUCAAUCGGCCUCAUUACGAAGAUUUGGGUUACAUAAACUACGAGUAGGAUACGAUUAAGUUUUUGACGGGUGGAAUUUACUGAAACCAAACCGUGCAAUGGACGAAAACGUAAAAUACAAAAAUGCACGAUUGGGCGUGCAAUCUUUGCACGCUUAGCAAAAUGGUAAUUUUUAUUCCAUAUCACUUGAUCAUAAUCACCAAUUACAUGACCAGAAUUUGAUGAGGUGUUAUAUGAAUAAUAAUAAUAUACAUGAAAAUAUUUCUCAAUUCUGAUUGGCUAGGAGCAGUGAAAUACAGUGUAAAAAAAUGAAAUACAAUGCAAAAAGUGAGAAUAUUAAAAACAAAAACCCAAACAUUACAAGUGACAAAAUUUUGUAAUAAAAUCGUUUAUAUUAGAAUUAUCUAUUUCGCAUGUGACCUACGCAUGGACAUGACUGCAUGAUUUUUUCAAGUAUAUCAUUAAUAAGUAAUAGUACGGUUUCUCGUGGAAUUUGGAAAAACAUACACUCCUGAGUUUUCGUCUUUGAAAAACUCACUCGUGCAUAUUUUUCACGAUAUUAUAUUUCCAGGCGUCAAGUGUUGUACGCUCCGUGGCUCUUUCAUUCAAGUCCCUGGGAAAGAUGUUACGGGAGAAGAAGGAGAAGAUGCGACUCAUGAGACGUAGAAAGAAGACGCCCUUGUAUCAUCAGAAUUCUGUGGAAUCUGACUGGUCAAGUCAAACAGGGUACUACAAUGACUCUGUUACCGAUCCGUGGCAGAAAUUUGAAACAUGGUCUAGGGUGUCCAGCACUACAAGUAAAGGUGAGGCAACAAUUGUUGACCUGAGUCCUCAGUAUUGGACAGAAACAGUCGAAAUUAUUUGCUUUAUAUUAGAGAGAGAUGGAAGCCUCUCUAAAAUGGACAGCUCUCGAAUACGAAUAGUUUUCGACAAUAUGGGCAACUCUCUAAUACAAACAUCUCUCCAAAACGACCGUCUCCAAAUAUGGACAUUAAUUCGAAGAUCUUCAAAACAGUGAAAUCGCUUCUUAGGAACAUUUACAGAGAGUUUCCUAUGUCCCGACAGAAUCUCUGUGAGACAGACACCUCUAUAAGAUAGACAUUUCUCUAAUACAGACAUCUUCCCAAGACAGACACCUCUAUUAUAGACAUCUCUCUAAUACAGACGGCACCUCUCUAAUACAGAUACCUCUUUAAUACAGACAUCUCCCCGAGACAUACACCUAAUAUGGACAUCUCUCGAAUACAGACAUCUCCACAUGACAGCCACCUCUCUAAUAAAGACAUCUCCCUAAGGCAGACACCUCCAUUAUGGAUGUCUCUCUAAGACAGACAUCUCUCUGAGACAGACAUCCCUCUAAUUAAUGCAGACAUCUCAUUAAGACAGAUGCUGUAGAUAUCCCCCAAGGCACGCAUCUCUGUCAGACAGACUACUCUCUAAAAUAGGCAUGAAGACGAGGCAAACAUUUUGAACUUGUUUUAUUGCAUUUUCUAGGUACUGGUAGCGAACAGCUACGAUCGUCCAUGGCCUACAGACAUACAUUUAAUCAAACAACAUUAAAAAGACCACCCACCCAUUAUUCAUGCAAACAUGUCGAAUUCACCGCACUUUCGCCUGUGCCCUCGAACAGUAGCAGUAACGAAAAUAGUACUAAUGUGAUUAAUAUAUCCAGAUAUAAAGCUGAUGACAAGGCGUCUGAAACCUCCAAUGCUGUAAAACGAAAAGGUAAUUUAUGUUUGUACAUUACAAUUGCAUCUUAGACUAUUUUUAGACGAGACCGAACCAGGAUCGUAGGUAGGAUUUUAGAUGUUGGGAGGGACUUUAAGUUUCCAGGGCGUGUAUGUGGACUAUCUGCGAAAAAGUGUUUAAUGUUCAUCUCGGACCCUGAAUUUACUUUGUAAAUGUUCCUAAAAAGACUAUGAUGGAACAUUUGACCACACAUUACACCAUUAUGUAUGCAACAGCAAAAUAUACUUCUGUAUUUACAGUAUGUUACAUAUCUCAAAUUAUGGAUAAGGAAGCAUGAUAUUUUAUUUAUCAGCUUUAUUGGACACAAAAUUAUAGAUUACGAGAUGUACGCCCAAUGGGAGGCCAUAGUGUAAACGGGAAAACGAUACCCAUACAAGGCACAACCCCUAUAAAUUAUGACCAGAUUACAAAAAGAAAAAGACAAUUUACAGUAAAUUUAUGCAUAGUGCAAUUUAGGAACGAUGACAGGGGCAAUCUUGUGUGAGUGACUUUGCACUUGCAUGACAUAUUCACAUUAAAAGUAUUCUUCACCAAGUUGGAGUAUGUUGUGUGCAGGAAGCGUUUAAAAAUACUGAACUAGGGUGGCGAAUUUUUCUGGAGAGGCUAUUUUACAAACAUAGUUCCAAGGCUUAACUACUCGGUUGAAAAACGAAACAUGAAAAGUGGAUGUUCCACAGUACGAAGGUUUUAAAACAAGGGAUGGAUUUUGAGAACGGGACCGAUCAUGUCGUACAAAAGAUACAAACUGUCCCAUAACGUAUACGUGAAAAAUUGAAAAUGUAAUUCUCAGCCUUCUCGCUAUAAGGCAAAUGUUCCUUGGGAUUCCGAGAUCUCUUUCCCCGUCUGCAGCCAUGCAAACGUUUAUAAAAUAUAAUAAAUAGAUAAUCUGGAACUUGUUUGUCUUGUAGGGGACUUUCAAGUCGAAGUAGAUAUUCAUCGUGAUGUGAAUCAAAAAGUAGGAAAAAUUGAACGGCCUGAUACCAGUACUCUUCAAGAACGUUGUUUGGAAUUAUCGCGAGAAGAACAAGCCAGUAUAUUACACCAUGAAGAUCAUAGUACUUGGUACGGCAAAUAUUGUCAUUCGGAAUCUAUAUGUUGCAGGGCUUAUAAUAAAUCAAUUUAUAUUUAUUAUUGGGAAAUACAAGAAAUAGGAAAAUUUUAAUUAGAGUGUUUUUAGAGUGUAACAGUUCAUGGAUGAUAACUAAACUCGUAACUGUGUAACUUACAACCAGUAUAACUCACAACACAUAACUUGCAACAGGUCGUAACUCAUUCAUAACUCGCAACAAAUACAGUAUAGGUUGCAACGCAUACAGCAUCAUCUAUAACUUUACAGGAACUUAUACCUGAAUGAACUUUCUGUGUCAAACAAUAAGAUAGUUAUUCAAUGUAAAACCAUGGCAUCUGAUUUCCCAGUUCUUUUCUUUCCUUUUGUGCGACAUGUUGUUUGAAAUAAUUUCACACUUUUUCCUUCAGUAUGUGCGAGAAAGACGAUGUUGUUGAUGAAAGGAUAGAGAUGGUUUUAUCUGCUAUUCAAAGGUAAGAUCUUCAUCAUUUUUCGUACUUUUGUAUGUAAACUAAGAACACUGCAAAAAAUUUACGUAUUGCAAGCAGUAAAUUUAUCAAAUUUAUGAGCAAAUUUGUAUGCUCAUUUUUUUUUUAGAAGAGUAAUACUUUACUCAAAGCCAUUUUACGCCAGCAAUUUCACAAUUUUACUAUUUACAUGUAUAUAUAAAAGAUUGUUAAACUUCAAAACUUUGCUCAAGAAAAAUUGGGAAACAGAUAAGUGUUGCGAGGAUGUCAUGUAUAGCCUAAAAUAGAUAUUUGUCUGGUUUUGGUAUGCAAAACAAUGUCAGGUGACUUGCACUUCAAAAAUUUCAAUUUGGCGCAGCUUGCGCUAGGCCACGAGAAUGUCACACGAUAUUUCUUAACUCCGGUCUGAAUGUCGCAAGCUAACUGAAAUUCCCAAUUUCAUUAAAUUGUCGAAUUUUUUAAUCAUCUGCAUGGCUAACACGACUGAUGUGAACGACUACAUGAAUGUUCCGAGUAUGUGUAACCUGAUCUAGACAUUCAUAACUCGUCCACUCGUUCACAUCUGUCAGAAGAAUAAAAUCGCAAUACCGUACAAAUCGCAGCAAAAAGUAUGAAUGGGCCUUAGCACAAACACUAUCGAUAGAGGUUCGUAUUUGGCGGGGAAAUUCUAGACGGGAGUUGAAUUUAGAACUAAUUGUUCCAUAUCAGAAAUAGUCGCACUCCUUAACAACAACAAACAUUCGUUUUACCGCAAGUCAUUGAGUAUUUUUUCCCAGGCACGCAUAUGAAAAUAUAUUUUCUGGAUGUAUUUGGGAUCUUGCGGGCAAUGUUGCAAUCACAGGUAAAUCAAUACUCAAGAGAUUUAACGUUGAUAUAGCGCCAGUUGUCUAACCCACGCAUAAUGAAGUUCAAUAUAAUUUCGAAAUUAUAUCCUAAAGCGUUAUGGCUGUUGUUGCUAAGCAUCCAAGUCGCUAAAGUUUCUACCUUGAUGUGCUUCUGAUUUUAUGAAAUAUUAUUUGUCAAAUUUUUGUGAAAGGUUUCGCCAAGCGCGGUAAUAUCCAGUCAAUUCUCAUCAGUCAAAUCUCAUGCAACCUUUGUUCUUGUUUGACUACAGAACGAACGUUGAGAAAAUUCUCACGCAAACUCGCGUUUUCUCUGCUUCAAAUCCUGUAAGACAAGUCUGUUGCUUUCGAAAAUAUUUCUAUUCGCUUCCAAUACCCGUUGUCUCAAUAGCUCAAUAGGAGUUAAUAUUAAAUUCUAAAAUGAGCUGUUUUAUUAACUCGGUUCUGCCCUCUCCCAUUAUCCCAUAAUUUCCCUUGUGAAUCUAAGAACCUCGACCAUUAUCCUCGGUUCUCGAUAUCGUAUCCUCGAGUCUCGACCCUCGAGUUAAAUUUUGACCUCGAGCAUCGCGAGGCGAACCCUCGACAUUUCAUCUUCGAGGCUUGGCAUUUAUUUGACCCUCGGCAUUUUACUAGGGUUCAACCCUCAAAUUUUAUCUCCAAAUUAUAUCCUUCGAUAUUCUGUCUACAACUGUCGAUAUUCCACUUUUCUUUCCUUAAUUAAACUACUCCUGAUCGUUAAAUCCUGGUCAAAACGAGGAACUCUGAUCGUCGUUUUCUGACUGGGAGUUGAAAAAAGUGUUGAACAUUCCUCCGGGUAAAGAUUCAAGUUUUCACACCUCCCUCAAAAUAAUGUGAAAUAUGGCUUGUUCAAAUUGCAAAAUAUAUGGAUUAUAUAUCAAUCGGCUUCUUACUCCUAUUUUCUACUGACUAGUAUUUAGCAUUGAUCAAAUGAUUGAUUGCAUUGUAUACUGUACUCACAUACAGACAAAUUGUACAUGUAGGCUGGUGACUGCUAGCAGAUAUUUCUGUUGUUAUACGAUUGCUAUAGAAACACUUAAGCAAGAAAGCUUACUGCCAGCCGCCACUUAGGAAAUGUUGUUCUGCAUGCAGUAACUACCAGCACAACAUCAGCAUCCUGUCAACCUCAACCUGCCUUGUCAAGUAUAUCAUUUAUUUGUUUGAUAUUAGUGUUGAGUAGAGUGUUCCACAUUAAACCUCACAUGUGGUAAACCUUUCUCACGUGUGGUACCCGCAACCGUCUCUUGGACAUUAUACCCUCGAUACUCGACAUUUUAUAUUCGCUCCUCUACCCUCGACUCUCUGUACGCAUGCCUUUACCACUCAGCCAUUGUAUACUUGUUCAGCUUCAUUGGCUGUUACAUGAUUUCGCGCCAUAUCGCCUCAAAUGAGCCAUACUUCCUUGUUUAUAGAAACUCAAUGGUUUAGAUCCGGUUCAAAGAGCGCGCCACUUCAAAUUUUAGGCGCGAAAUUUAAAAUUAGAAACAUAGGCUAUAUUUGUAUUCGGCAUGAUGGCUUUAGAUGGUGCUUGUAUUUUGGCAUUGCAUUACAUUGUUUUUUCAAAUCGAGUGUUCUCUUUGUCUUGAUAACUUUGAGGUGGUAUAUUACCAAAACUCUAUGUGUUCCAGAUUCUCGCACAGCUAAUUAUUAGUGGGCAUCGAAAAUUUGUUCUAAGAGAUACAAUUUAACACUAAGAUUAUCGAAAUUGGUCUAGUAGACUAUUGCUGUUUUUUAAAUAAAGUCUGGUUCAUCUACAGUAUGCAAUGGACCAUUGAAAUUAUGCAUCAGUUGUGUAAAGUAUUAUAAUAGGUUGAUGAUCCCUUACUUCGGACUACCAUAUUAACAUUGGUUCUUCUAGUAAAAUUAAUAUUAAAUCCUAUAGUGUAAAAAUUCAUCUUUUAGGUUGAGCUUUCGAUCGCCACUGCUGUGUAAAAAGCUGGAACAGGAACAUUGCUGUUGCACCGCUUAUUAUACUGCUUAGUGAAAAAGUGCUUUUGCAUUUUUUGGGGGACACCCUGAAUAUCACAUUGAGCAAGAUUUUUUGACUCAAAUGUAUAAAAAUACCUUUGAAGCUGACCAUUUGGCCUUUACGGCGGAAAACAUGUCAAAGUAGCCGGUAUAAACAGAGUGUCAAUAUAUCUCUACAAUAGACAAUGGCGUUUUUGCCGGGUUCAGUAUACAAAAGACAAGAUAGAUGCAGACUAUUUUACAUCGGUGACCACGAUUUGCUCAUGAUAGCAGUGAACAAAUACUUCAUAGGAAUGCUACUAGUUUUUUUGCAAGGCCAUUUACAUUUUCACCUCAACAUUGUCUUCGUCUAGCCCAUGCUGGUUGUAUCGUUAUGUUUCGCGUACAGUGAAGGCCCGUGUACACUUGCAAUUUUUACUGCGAUUUUAGGUGCGUUUUUCCUCUUGUGAAGGAUGUGGAUUAGCUAUGAAUGUUUGGAUGUGGGUACGUAUAAAGAACAUUCAUAACUCGUCUACUCUUGCACAUGCAUCAAAGGAAGAAAAUCGCAGAAAUCGCAGCAAAAUUUGCAAGUGUAAACGGUGCUUAAAGAGUUUAAUAUGGAUAGUGUUAUGAUCAGGCCCACGAUCAAAGAGAAAUAUUGUACGGGAGAACAUGUUGGCAAUCGAAUAGCUUGCGCAACUAUAUUGCCUAAUAUUAUCAAACCGUUACGCUUGUCAUUGACCGUUGUAUUACGCAAUGUUGUCAAAUGUAUAACAUUUGAAGUGGUGAAUUUAUUCGCGCGAAGUUUUUUUUCAUUUCUCGGCAUCGAUGUUCACGUUUGCAAAAACGAUACCGACGAACGAAAACGUCACUUCGCGCAAACAAAUUUGCUAAGUCGAAAAUGGGCUUUAUGAUACAAUCGUUGAAUGCAUUGUACUCAGCUGUGUAUUGUACAGCAUAUAGAGUACAAUUGUUUUGUGCCUAUUACCUUAGCGACAGGAAGUUUUUAUUCCUGCGAUAUUCCAUUUCGCAUGUUUACAGUUCAACUUCACCAAACACAACAUGUGUACUCGGGAUGCUCUGCUUUCCUCCCGUAGUAUUCGACCACUAGGGAGAACAGUUUGGAGCUGAUAGAGCUAUUCAGUAUAUGGAGAAACUCAGAAUAACACAGCAUGAAGUCAACUCCCAUAAGUCACAAUCAUUAGAGAAAUAAACUUGAUAAAGUUCAAUCGAGGUUUCCUCUUGUAGAAACACUGAAGCAUUAUGGGGCUAUCAACAUAGUUUAAAUCCCCGAGAGUUGGUAGUCCAGCUAGGUAUUAACUAAAAUACAUGAUAGUGUUGGGAAAGCAUUAAGAAUAGCCUGUGUUCCAGUCCACUACAGGCUUCAUUAAGAACAGAUAACCAAGGUCGAGUGACUGCCAACUCUCAUGGACUCUCAUCUUCGUUUGAUCCGGGAUGAUAGAUCAAUUUAGCGUAUAAAGCUAGGCUAUAUUUCUAAACAACUAUAAAGGUCAACAAGAAUAUAUCCUGUUGGUACAAAGUCGACUAACGUCCAGUAUGAAUGUCAAGUACCUUUUGUGUCAUACUUGUAUAUUGUAAUCAAACAAGACGACCACUUAGCAAUUGAGUAAUUUCGGAAGUACAUAAUAGAAAUUGACCUGCUGCACCGACACGAAUGCAAAGAACAAACACUCUUUGUCUCAAGCCAUAACUCAUAAGUAUCACUAUUGAGUCUAUUAAUUAAAAGCCAUCAAAAUUUAAACAUUCAUGCAAAUGGUCGGUUUCGUCACGCAGUGGUCAUGCAACAGUUACCAGAGUGGGAAUAUAACAGUACACGCACGUACAGUCAUCAAGUGCGUGGCAAAUAUAUAGAAUUGAGCGAUAUAGUUCAAUUUAGAAUUGGAAUUUAGCGAUGUGAGCACCCACUUUCUAGUUAAGUGUUUUUCGUAAGAGCGUGUACACGUCAGUAAAUGUAUAAAGUCAUUUAAAUGUUACUUAUGAAAUAACUAAAUGUAUAACGGACAGCAUUAUUUACUUUUCUGUAUCAGUUGUUGAGGUAAUUCGUACUUUAGAAAGAUUUAGAAAGAUUUACACUUUUCCGUGCCGUCGUAACGCUGGCUGAAACGCACCAAUAUAUUACUGUAAGAGGAGUUUCCGCACUUGACAAACGACAAACUAUAUACCAAGAAGUCUGCACGCAAUGACGAGUUUUUCAUUUCCCGUCGUCAAAAGACCCAUUCAGUGAAUUGAACUUGCGCUAUAUAUAUUUAGAAAUAGAUCUAAGUCUAUACUUAGUUUGUUGAUGACAUAUGGGAUUCGAUUUUUGCAAGAUGCAAUUUCGAAAUAUUUUCGCUUCAGAAACCGUCCUUGAAACUGUAUUAAAGAUACGGGUACCAAUUAAAUGUAUUAAAUUUCUUAGAAUUUUAUAAAUCACUUUUAUAAUACGCAAAGUUAAUAUUCUUAUUAAAUGCAUCUUAAUAAGCCUUCUCAGUUGCGGGAUCAAAGUAAGCCAGUAAAAUGAAGGUUCUUGGUCGCUGCCUAAAAGGCAAACUGAACAAAAUUACCAACAUUCAUUCAAUAGUGAAUUCAGCACCCGUAACGCUUUUCUCGGGGGCUAAGCAGCUUUAAAAGUAGAUUAAAUCGUAUCAUGUCCAUCGCCAGGUAGUUCAACAAUGCUAUUUUGAUGGUGAUUUACAUCCUGUCCAAAACCAGUUAUUUUCUAAUUUUUCUGGAGUGGGGCAUGCCCCCGGACCACUAGUUUUCAGCCUUCCUAACGUCAAAUAUCUUCCUACAAAACUGCUGACACUUACAUCUGACUUUGCGUGUCGUAUGGGCAUUUAGUUGAAAACGUUAUCCAACUUAGCUUCCAACUUAGCUGAAAAUGAAAGACUAAGUGCGUAAAAACAAUCGAAAAUUUGACCAUACAUCCGAGCAAAUCAGAAUUUUCAUGUAUGUUGUUAUUAAUACUGCUAAAUUUUAUUCUUGCAGAGGAGAUUUGACAUGUCUAGCAUCGUAUCUUGACGAUGGAGUAGAUGUUGAUCUAGCGGACUCAACAAGACGAAGUUUACUUUUUCACGCUGUUAACUACGGUCAGAUUGCAGCCGUACAACUUCUGCUGGACCGGUAAUAUUUAACACUCCUUACACUCGAACUAGCAAAGUGUCGGUAUUGGGGAAGACAGGUGCUCUUAUUAGAGUGAUGUCUGUAUUAGAGAGGUGCCUGUAUUAGAGAGAUGUCCGUAUUAGGGAGAUGUCCGUAUUAGAGAGGUGUCCGUAUUAGAGAGGUGUUUGUAUCAAAGAGAUAUUCGUAUUAGAGAGGUAUUUUUAUUAGAGAGGUGUUCGUAUUUAAAAGGUUUUUAUAUUAGAGAGGUGUCUUUAUUAAAGAGUUGUUUGUACAUGUAUUAGAGAGGUGUUCAUAUUAGAGACGUGUCUGUAUUAGAGAGUGUCUAUAUGAUGAGGUGUCUGUAUUAGAAACAUGUUUGUAUUGGAGACAUGUCUGUAUUAGAGAGUUAUCUGCUAGAAAGGUGUCUGUAUUAGAAAGGUGUUUGUAUUAGAGAGUGUCUGUAUUAGAGAGGUGUCUGUAGAAGAGAGAUGUUAGAGAGGUGAUCGUAUUAGAGAGAUGUCUGUAUUAGAGAGAUGUCUGUAUUAGAGAGGUGUCUGUUUUGGAGAGGUGUUUGUAUUAGAGAGAUAUCUGUAUUAGAGAAAUGUCUGUAUUAGAGAGGUGUCUGUAUUUAAAGAGUUGUUUGUACAUGUAUUAGAGAGGCGUUCGUGUUAGAGACGUGUCUGUAUUAGAGAGAUGUCUAUGUUAGAGAGGUGUCUGUAUUCGAGUGGUGUCUGUAUUAGAGUUGUAUUCGAAUCAGAGAGUGUCUGUAUUGGAGAGAUCUCUGUAUUAGAGAGGUGUUCAUAUUAAAGGAGUGGCUAUAUUAGAGGGGCGUGUGUCCGUAUUUGAGAGAUAUUCGUAUUAGAGAGGUGUCCCUAUUAGAGAGCUGUUCGCGAUCAGAGGUGUAUCCUCCCAGUUCAUAUGUUAAAGCGGUCUUGUAAACGGUUCUGAAAGGUGCGAGCAAUAACGUGAUGUACAAUUGUUAAUGCCACAUAGCUUAUUAUACCUACUCCUUUCUUUUGAUGUUAUAGCGGUGCUACGGUGAAUUGGGAAGGACCGAAUGACAUGUCACCACUUCAUCAAGCUGCUGCCAAUAGAAAUAAAUCAAUCGCACAGAUCUUACUGGCGAACGGAGCCAAUGUUCGUGCCAAAGAUUGUGAAUUGUAAGAGUCUGAUACAAUAAUUCUUCACUUAUUAAUGGAGAACAGUUUGCAUAGAACAUUUAAAUGGAACUAUCCAGUAUAAGUAGAGUUUAAUUUCUAAAUUAAUUCAUUGUAAUUUUCAGUCGUACUCCACUCCACAUGUGUGCUGGCCACCCAAGUGGUACGGAGAUGUCGUGUAUUCUUGUUGAACAUGGUGCAAGGAUCUGCGAUAACAGUAUUGAUGGUACACGCCCUUUAGAUCUAUUACCAGUAAGUAACUUCACUGUAUUCCUAAUUUAAAUUGGCUAAGUCUGCUGUAAGUAACUGCAGAUUUGUAGAAUGGUUACAGCAGGUUAUAAUCAAAGGCCGUUGUGGCCGACUCACGGAUGAUAUCAAAUGAAAGUGGCAGAAAGAAUUAGAGCAGUUUGCAGUUGUUUUUACAAACGAGCACCCUGCGAAUUUUGCCAUUUGUCGCGCUUCUUUUGCCACAUCAAAAGAACGAACGCGUGCUCCAGCCCGAUUUCCGGUUCUGAAAGGCCCGAUUCGCAGGCAAACAGUGCUGCACGCAAAGCAGGAUGAUCAUUUCUCAUUGUUUAACUGCCCCACACUCAAGUAACAAAGACUCACAGAUGUUGCUUUGCUUUGCAACAUCCGUGAGUUGAGAAUACUGCACUCGGAGUAUUAGUACACAGGAUGGAUAGUGACCUAAACCACGUCAAUAUUAUACUAAAUAUUUCGACAUACUGUUUUUCUUCAAGCGCACAUUUUGCUAUUUAUAACAUUGUGAAAACCUUUAGUAUUGGUGAAAACGCUUUCACAAAAGUAUUCUAUUUCGAAACGAAAACGGAUUGGUGUGGACAGGGCCACACUAGAGAUAGAAGUAAUUGUUACUCUCUAAUUGUUUUCCUAGGACCUGAAGGAGCUUCAAAGUCGUUUAGUCCAGUCAGUAUGCGAAGCCUUCAUGGCUGCAGACACAUCGAAGUCUCAUUCAAAUUCCAUCACGUCCACUCAAUCGAUUCAAUCGGGGUACUCCGUGUUCUCUGGAGGCUCCCUCGUCGCUCACGUAGGCAGCUUAAGAAAUGUGUACAAUCAGUCUCCACAGAUGAGACAUGCACGAAAUGCUAGCAGACGGUUAACUGCCAAUUUUGACGUGAGAAGUUUUCAAUGGAAGAAGGAUGCGAAGUGGAUGAACGAGAAUGUUUCAGGUGUGUAAUAUUUUUAUUGCCCCUCCCGGCCCCAACCCCCUCCACCCUGUGAAAAUCUGAGUGACAUCGUUUGAGAUAUCCUUUUCAGGUGGUUCAGACAAAACAAAACACGGCAGCUUUUUGUGAAUACUACUUACAUUGGACUACCAUGUUUGAGAUAUCUUUUUCAGGCUGUUCAGACACAAACCACAACAACUUAUUGUAGAAUACUACAUGUAUACCUACAUUAGGUUACCACGUUUGAGAUAUAUUUUUCAGGUAGUUCAGACACAAACCACGGCAGCUUUUUAUAGAAUAUUAUCUACACUGGAUUACCACUUUGAGAUAUCUUUUCCAUACCAAGGUCGGAUUUUGGCUAGGUGCUUUGCUCACAACUCCCUGGGAUGUUAGGGCUCAGAAUAAAGCCUCCGGACUUCAACUAUACAGCAUGAUGUAUCAAUGUGUUCAUGAAUUAUGUCAUGAUUAUACACCCCAUUCCAUUUCUUCUCACACCUCCCCUCAAAAUCCGACCUGCCUGUCCAAAAUCCAAUCCUGACCAACGAUGAACUCCCAACAUUUCGGAUAUUAUCACCCACAAUACUCUUUUUUAAUUUCUGUACUUUAGACCCAGCUAGCCGCAAGCCUGACAUAAAUUGCAAACAUGUUCAUCACGAUUAUGAAGUUCUAACGCAUGAUACUGCUACUUCAUGUAAUGCCAACAAUGACGAGGAGAACAAAGACAUUUUCAAUACAAUACCUACGCACGACACAAGCUGUGGAAUACACGAGUCUAGAACAGGAGCCGUAAUUUCUCCAAUAACAAGUAGUCCUGCAAAAAUACCUUUAAGCGUAUGCGAGACACACGGGCUUUAUGAGAAUAUACUAGCAGCGCAUCACAGAGGAACGAUGGUUGUCGGUCCUAUCGAUACAUGGGCAGAAGCGAAUGCUUCUGAAGCUUUGAUGAGUUCGACUCCUGCAGAUGCUUUACUUGCUGAGAGUGUGAAGCCAUCGUUUGGUGGUGAUGGUAUAGAAUCGUUCACAGACCUAGGGAAUUCUACAGACUCUGGGCUACACAUACAUGCCAAGUAUCCCGUUUGUGCACAUCAGGUAAUUUUAUGUAGUUUGAUAUUGAAUCAGACGUAGAUUUAAACAUGGUCCAGACAUGGAUAUUCUGGAGGGGAACAAGGCGUGCCCACCCCUUCUAGCCUAAGCAAAAGGGGGGGGUGCUAAUUUCCUUAUCAAAUUCACUUUUGGUAGGGGCAGUGUUUCGACAGUUACCCACUCCCGCGAAUAAGCGAUUGCUCAUAUCGAACUUCCAGUAUAAACAAUUUAGAACUGAUAGAGAUAACUGAUCUGAAGUAGGGUUGUGAAUAUAUUUUGGCUUCCUCCUGUAGCAACACCAAUAAGCGAUUUCUCUUACUAGACUUUUUGGAAGAACAGUUUAGAACUGAUAGAGGGCUAUCCAUGCAUGCAGUUUAAUCAAUUUAAGUUGAUUUAGUUUGUUUUCGCCUGUAGUAUAACACUGGAUCAAUAAGAGAUGGCCCUUACUGGGCCUCUAGGGAGAAAAGUUUAGAACUGAUAGAACUAUCCAGUGUAAAUAUAAGUGAUGUUAGUUUAGUUGAAUUCCAGUCUGUAGCAAAGUUGUAAAUAAAAGGCCUUACUCUAUUUUUCUAUUUUUCUUUGGCACAGAGCAUCCUGCACAAUCCUGAAACGAUAAAGGGAAAAACGCGUGGUGACUCGGUUCGUUUUCAGGACGUGACAUCACCAGUGAGAGAAACAGAUUCAGGCCUUAGCUGCUCAGAAGGCUCGCCGUUGAUUCACGAUGGAAAAGAUAUGACGGACAGGGUUAGUUUCGUAUAAAUACUUCUCGACCGUAUACUGGGUGUUCCGACAAAAUGAAAUAGCUAUCUGUGUUCUAGACAAGAUUUUUACACAGAAAUAAUUAUAAACCUGCAUGACUACAACUACUAUGACCCUAACCCUAAAAUUUUAACCCUAUCAUUUCUUAUCUGUGUUCCAGAUAAGAUUUUUUCGAUGCUAUUAGAGAGCAUCGAAAAUGAAAUCUAAGAGAUGAAUUUUGACACUACGAUUAUGGCUGUUUAAAGCAAAGGAUCAUCAACCUACUGUAUAGAUACGUAACAUAACUAAUGCACGAUUUCAUUGGUUUAUUGGGUGAACUAGACAGGCAUAACGUUGAUUCUAUUAUACCAAUUUUAAUAAUCUUAGUGACAAAAUUCAUGACGUCAGGAAAAGUGAUACCGACAAGAGUUGGAUCAGCGUUUACCGUCGGUUAGAAUUAACCUGCUGUUUUAGUUUAUGUAUUUCUGCACGUCUGUUUAUUUCAAAACCUCAUAGAAGAAAACUCCUACUUCUCCAGACAAGAUAUCUAAAUAAAUAUUUCCAAAUUUAUAAAAACAAGCUGUUGGAAAGUUUGUUUUGAAUUUUAGGUUAACCUAGCGUUAAGUUAGUCCAGCUUUGAACAGCUGGUCCCUGGGCUCAAUAUAUAUCUGGAGUAAGAACUUCAGUCAUUUUGCCUAUGAGAAAAGUAAAGCCAGGAUGGUAGAAAGUAACGUUCAAAAUCCAUCAAAGUUGUAAACAGUUUUCACGGCUAAAAGAACAUCAAAAGGCUGUUUCAACUUUAGACAAGGGAAAAUCAGCUUUAGCAGAACAUGUGUGUGACACCAAAUAUUACCAUUACCAAAUACGAGAUUGCGUGGGAAAACUCUAAAGUAAUUACCACAAACAAUCGCUAUGGUCAAAGACUAUGCCUAGAAGCGUGGCAUAUAAAUAUGAGUAAUCAUGCUUUGAAUAACAGGGAUGACGGUGCCUAUUUGCCAGAGGAAUACAUGCAUCUCAUUGGCAGGUGACGUCAUCCCUCGGGUAUUUAAGAAGCCGCGAUUGCAACUUUAGAUCACCCUUAAUGAAGACACGAGACUGGAGUGUCGAAACGUUGGGUAUUUUAUAUUUAAACCUGAGUAGCGAGCGAAACAUGAGUUUUCAUACCAUUUUCUCCUGCCGCUUAUAGUGGUAGUAGAUUUAUUCAUCCGCCCCGUAUAGGACUUUUCAGGUUUAAACAACAAUAUUAGUAGAUUCUUAAGACGUUGUCAGACAAAUAGUUACUGACCGAAGUAUAAUUUUGAGCUCAUAAUGACCAUUGCAUAUCUGGGUAAAAUAUUUGCGUGACCAUGCUUGUGGCGUAACGUGCAUAUCCAAGAUGGCGGUCAACUCACUGAUUUACGAUGAUCAUGGUCAAAAUAUUUCUAGAACUAAGCAACAUUUGAAGAAGCUGUAAAAACGUUUUUCAUAUUUAUUUUAAAACUAGAGUUCUUUCAAAUGAGACUAAAUUAUUAUUGCCAUACACCUUCUUAUUUUUUACCAAUCUUCUAAUUACGUUACAUGCAUCUUCACUUUAUAGUUUCGAGAAAGAACACGUUCAAACGCAGACAGUGGUUACAGCUCCAUCUCGCCUUACUGUUGCUGUAAAGAAGAUGACCCAGUGUUGAUAGCUCUCAAUUCCUUGGUGAAACUAUCAUUCAAUCCAGAAUGUCAACCGUUACUACUGUCUUAUCUCUGCCUACCCAAGGCUUCGUCAUUACUAUCAGUGUUUGCGAGGUCUCCCACUGCAAAACCAUGGGUUGCUGAAGCCGUUGCAGUCUUGCUUAAAAAUCUUGCCAGUGUAAGUUAUAUAUAUACCUCAUGCACCUACUUAACUAACUGCAACACCAGACCUUAUUGCAUACCAUCCUACUUUCCCUUACUUUUAUUCUACUUUCCUAUUUUGAAAAGUUGAAAAGUAGUUGAAAACUUUGAACAUCAAAAUUUUUAUCCGAUGGAAAAGUUGUGUUGGCCAGUCAUAUUUUACAACAUUUUCUUUCUGCAGAAAAUUUUCGCGAGUGGAAAUGGGCCUUUAAAAAUUGCUUGAUUUUCCUACUUUUUUUUCACAUUAGGAUGCCAGAACGCCUGCAAUAUAACUUAUACCUACAAUACAUUAUUAAUACUACGUGUAUGUGUAUAUGCCUAGAUUGAAGGUCCAGACAGCCGUCGAAGAGCAGCUGAAGCAGGUUUUAUAAGAACAGUCUUGCAACUUGCUGACACACAGGAGCCUGUUCAGGUAUAAUAUUUAUUGAGAAUGAUAUAUCUUAACCUUUCCUGCUUAAAAAGGCAGAUAACAAGAUUCUAAUAAAUGUAUAUAAAUUUCCACAAAAGUCUAAUAAAUGUAUAUAAAUUUCCACAAAAGUCUAAUAAAUGUAUAUAAAUUUCCACAAAAGUCUAAUAAAUGUAUAUAAAUUUCCACAAAAGUCUAAUAAAUGUAUAUAAAUUUCCACAAAAGUCUAAUAAAUGUAUAUAAAUUUCCACAAAAGUCUAAUAAAUGUAUAUAAAUUUCCACAAACGUCUAAUAAAUGUAUAUAAAUUUCCACAAAAGUCUAGUAAAUGUAUAUAAAUUUCCACUCGAUGAUUUCCAUCUGCAAGACCCAGCAGCUGUUAAUGAUUCGAGUGAGAUGCCAACAAAAUCUCGAUAUUUGCCCAUAACCUAGAACAUGGCAGUACCAUAUAUUUAACAUGUAGUUAUAACUCGACAACUGGCCUCUGUAGCUCAGUUGGUUAGAGCGCUGCACCGGAAUCACAGGACCGCAGGUUUGAUUCCUGCCUGGGACCUGUGGUUGCAUUUUUCGCAGCUGUUCCUGGUUACCAGGUCUAAUAAAUGUAUAUAGAUUUCCACUCAAAGAUUCCCAUCUGCAAGAUCCAUGAGCAGAUAACAAGUUACCUAUAUAUUUUUGUAUAAUCACAGCACUUACAGUAUUUGCCUCUUUAAAAGUACCCAUAAACAACCUUUGAGUAGCAUUAGUCAACGAGUUCACAUAAAACACCACAUCGACUUUGAAAGUUUUGACUGUUGGCUUGGUUAGUUAGCCGUGAAAAGUGUGCAAAUAACGUAGCAAUUUGAACAACUACGGCGUGCUAGAAUGUUCAAAUAUGCCCACAAUGGCACAAUGUAAACUGUAGGAAACACAUCCAUUAAACCUUGACACUUACGCAACGGUAGCUGAUCUAACAAACUGUCAUAGUCCAAACGAAGAAAUAAUGAAUGUUUUACGACGCUUUACUUUGAUUUGUGGCAAAAACCGUUAUCUCUUCUCACUAUCACUUAAAAUUAUAUUUGCUUGGGUGAACAGUUCACUUGAGCUCAAGCAAACAUCUUCUAUUUCUGAAUUUAAUUAACCUCAGUAAAAUUUAGUUUUAUACAUAUUAGAUUAAACUAAGAUUUAAAGUAAGUGAAAGUGGUCCGUAACAGUUUUGAGGGGCAAGUUAUACCUGUCACGUUUUAGAAAGAGUUACUAUUUUCAGACUUUUGUAAUUUUGUAUUUUAAACUUAACCCUUACCUUCUUACUCUAAUCCUAACCUUAAUCCUAAACCCUUUCCCUAAUCCAAAUCCUAACCCUAAAAACUGUUCCUAAAUCGUGGGUAAAGACCUACCUCAAACGAUCAUGUUUUGUGACUGGCUUUCAGAAACAAAGGUGAUCAUUGUUUGUGACUCGUUCUUUAGAAAGACGAUUUCUAUAGUUCUAUUGUCUUUCAUUGUUAUAAUCAACCAAUCACGAGCCUGGAUAGUAUAGGUAGAUGAUGACCCUAAAUUGUGACUCAUAUGAGGAUUUUUGUCCUCCUCAAUUUGGGGCCUAUCACGUUAUGGGUGGGUGAGAAUUUUCCUCACUUGAACACCUCACAGUGACCUUAAUAUCCAUCUCUUUCAGACGACAUGUUUAGAAGUGUUGGAUAACCUGUUAAAAGACGUGAAAUGUGAACGAGAAUACAACUCUACGAUGACCAACAUCCCUUCUGGUCCUUUAUUAAACCUCUUACAUUAUCAGAAUGAUGUAGAAUCCGCUCUUCAUGCGGGAAUCACAGAAACGACUGAUGCAACCACUGGCAAGAAACGAAAAACAUCGCGGUAUGUUUUUUUUUUAAGAAUUACUCUGUCAUAUAGUGUAACAUAGUCCUGUAAACGUCGUCUGACAAUAUGUUGGACUAACUCAUGUUGUGGUCACACUAAUUAUUUAUAGAACUCAUAAGAGAAACGUUGUACAGUACAGGGAGACGUAGCCGAGUUUAAUUUGCUUGCUACUAGAAGUAUCACCUGGCAUUCAAACCAAUUUUACAAGCGUACAAACCGUACGUUAAGCAGUGGUGUAACUUUACUUUUUUGACAUGAAAAUUAAUUACCCUGAAUAAAAUUCACUUGCCAUCAGACAAUGGCCACUGGGGUACACGUAGGUACAAUAGGGGGUAUAUAUUAAGGGGAAAACAUGUCGACCCGUUCUCGCACUGCUGUAUACCGAUCUAGCUUUGGCCCAGAAAAACAAAAUUUGAAUCAAGUAAAUGCACUAUAAAAACAUUAUCCAACAAUGAAAACAUAAACUUAAAGAUGCCCAGCUUUUUGUGGCAAGGCAACUUGCCCAAUCGGGCAAGCAAGAUAAAACGUUUACUUGCCCAUCAUGAUAUUCACUUGCUCCAGGCAAGCGGGCAAGUGUUAAGUUUCACCUCUGUUACACGGGUAAAAAUUGAUCAGGUUGUUCAAACAGUAGCGAACAAUGUUGUGCUGCACCCCGUGAACAAUAUUGUUAACAAGUUGUUCCGAGUUGUUCAAUCAUCAAUAUUGUUGCAAGUUGAUAACAUGAUUGUCAACAAAUUGCAACAACGUUGAUGGUUCAACAACAUUGUUAACAAUAUUGUUCACGGGGUGCAGCACAACAUUGUUCGCUCCUGUUGUGAACAACUUGCAUCAACAUGAUGAUUUUUACGCGUGUAAGGAAAGGGUUAAAACCUAUGUACAGCGGUUUCAAAGUCGAACCCAAUAAGUUCCUUGUUUGACGUAUUGACGCUCUGAGCACAACAAGCAAUGUUAUAAAAGCAUGUUAAAGCAUAUUGAAAAUAAACUCAAAAUAUUUUGUAGAUCGCAACAAGAUACUCCAGCAAAACUCAGUCCAAGACUUGUCGCAACUCGUUUGCUGGCUGCUUCUAGUACACAUUUGAAAAUGCAACGGGAACUUGGAUCUCCACGGUAAGCACAAACAGUACAUAACUUUUGUACAUGUAUUAAGACUGAGGGUUGACAAGUUUCUUUGCUCAAAGAAUAGUUGUAAUUGUGUUACCUCGUAUGAGGUUUUCGGAUGUUGUGGGUACAUUGUUUAGUGUGUUUUAGGUUUCCAGUUGUCUGAUGUCUGGAUAUAUAAUUUAGCCUCAUUCGCACGUGAAAACAGUAUGGGCCAUCUGUGAUUUGUCCAAUGGUACUGGUUCUACAGGAGAAAACCGAAAUUCAAACUGGAAGCACUCUUCUUAUAUGCAACUGAGUUAGUUACAUUAAAGUGCGACAACCAAUAGUCUAAGAAGAACAUCUUUAUACCAAUAACCCUGGUCACUGAUUCUGGAUAUGAUGUCAUUAGAUGAAUUGAAAAUUAGUUUUCCUUUGUUUUUUUCUGCUAAAAUUCAUCUGACAUCUAUAUCAACUUUGCCAGAGAAAAAGUUGAUCAAGAUGAGGUUUUUACUAAGUAUAAAGAUGUACUGAGUUUCUUCUAGAACCCUGUUCGCCCAAGGUAAAGGGCCAAAGGUUUAUUCAUUAACCAAUGUGCCGUAGACACUCAUUUGUUAUUGAAAUUUACAAGUUUCAUUUCAGGUCUGUGAGUUUACUUUUGGAAGCGUUGGAAGAAAGAGAUCCUGAGAUUGUUUAUAAUGCUGCAGUGACUCUAGCCAACAUCGCUAUGUAUGAUGGCAACCAUAAUCUGCUUAUAAACUCUGAUGCUGUUGAAGCACUGAAGAAGUUUGUGCCAAACGAUUCAAGGUACGGUUGACAAAUCUUCUCAGAUUCAAUACCAGUCUACAUAGACAGGCGUUUUUGUUUUUAACGACGUUUAGUUCAUCAGGUUAAGAUACAAUAAACUACAAAUUUUCGAUCCAAUUUGCACUGUUAAAAGUGUAAAGGACACCAGACUUUCAUCGUUGAAAAGAUCUUACAACUUAUCUGGCCACCAAUCGUCUCAGAGAAUUUGAAAAUAUUGCGAAGCCCCCCCCCUUGUUUUUGCAUUCGUCAAGGGCUCCUCUGUAUAGGACGGCAGGCGUAUUUUUUUUGUUAAAAUUGCUUAAAUCACGUACUAGGUGAUUAAUAGGCCACCCAUAUUAAUAAAAAUUUAUUGAUGAAUAGAAUAUUUGUUAAACUAAGAAUAGUUACAACUUAGUAACAGUUACUAUGUCAUGUUGUGGUUAAUGUAUCUUUAAUGUAGUUAAUAUUAAAAUUUUGUUAGGGCUUACUACCAUGUAUGCCGUGCUCUUGUCUACUUAAACUGUGACGAUGACGAGUGCGACUACCUGUUCGACUUCGAUACAGAAGAACCAAGACCUCUAUACACUGAGAAAUCUCCCAACCAAGAGCCUUAUAUCAAGGGAGGAAGCUUGGAGACUCUGGUGAGAAUCUUGACAACCAGAGCUGUCUCUCUAUGGGGAGGAGUACCUUUGCUCAGUCCUUCACCAAAGAACAGAUCGAGAGUUAAGGCAGCGAAAUUUAGAAAGAGUAGGGCAACUGAGGAUCAAGUGAUUGAGUUCUUUUUGGCUACAUAUUCAACGUAUACCAAUGCUGUUGUACUCAUGAGAUUACUGGCUCACAGGUAAGAACUAUGCAGGGUGCUUGGGGAAUACAACUAUACACUUUUGUUCUUUGUGGGUUCUAAACACGUUCCGGUUGUCCGUUGCUAUAAUGCAACAUUUUACCAAUUUUUCAACUUGCACAGUGUGGUGUCAGUCCAAAGUUGCUUUAUCCAAUAAAAUUUACCUCGACUUUCCAAAUUCCUUCCUGAGUUUUAACCCACAGUCAUUAGACCUAAGAUCAUAAGAUAUACACUUAUUGAAAGAAUUAGACAAAUUUUCGAAACAUCACUUGCUCCAAUCAACUUCACUUUAUAGCUCAGUUUAUAGAGCGUUGGACUAGCAAACCAAAGGUUGAAGGUUCGAUUCCCACCUCGGCAAAAGCAUUUUUUUAGCUUUCUCGUUGUGGAUCCACUUGGAGCAAAGUCAGCUAAAUUAAUAAAUAUCUUUGCCCAAAUUCUAAUCGGAGGACCUCAAGUAGAAUCAGUAUAUCUAAGUUCCUUUGCAUUUGUAACAGUUAAUAGUGAAAGAUUGCGUUUCGAUUUUGCAUGAAUAAAGGACAAAUUAUUCGAAUUAAUGUGACCGGCCAAAACGUCCGUGCUGGGAAAUCGCUAGACGACCAUAUUGACAUUUUUCUCGGAAGAUGUGGACUGUUAUAUUGAACACUGUAGGAAAUCCGCGUAAUCAGAAAAUAUGAGCCUUAGCGUGGACUCUUAACAUGUUUUGAAUGCCAUUUGUUUCUUUUUUUUUCAGGUUUCGUAAUCCAGCAUUGCGUUCGUUGUUUGAUGAAGAAACUGGCAUGUUUAAAGAUCAUUCUCGGUGUCUGCCUUCCAUACAUAUUUCUCUGAUGAGAAUCUGGGCAACAUGGCUUGGGAAAUUCUCUGAGGAUUUUAGAGAAAAUCCUACUCUUCAGGUUGGUUGAAAUUGAAAGUAGUUGUAGCUCUUCUUAGAGGUCUAGUAAGGAGUUGUAGCUCUUCUUAGAGGUCUACUAAGGCCCACUCCCUUAUCGGUCUUUCUUAGUGCAGGAGGAAAUCCAAACUAAACAAACUUUCAUUACACUGCAUGGAUAGUUAUAUCAGUUAUAAACUGUUCUCCCUAGUGGUCCAGUACGGGUCAUUUCUCAUUGAUCCAGUAUUGCUACAGCAGGAAAUUUAAGCUCACUUUCAUUAUAUGCUGGAUAGCUUUUUUAGUUCUAUACUGCUCUCCCUAGAAGUCCAGUAAGGGCCAUCUCUUAUUUGUCCAGUGAUACUACAGGAGGAAACUUAACCUAAACUGCCUUUAUUUAUACUUGAUACAGUAGCUCUGUCAGUUCCAAUACUUUCCCUAGAUUUUCAGUAAGGGCCAUCCCUUAUUUGUCCAGUGAUACUACAGGAGGAAACCUAGGCUAAACUAACUUUAAUUAUACUUGAUAGAUCUGUCAGUUCUAAACUGCUCUCCCUAGAAGUCCAGUAAGGGUUAUCCUUUAUUGGGUCAGUCUUACUACAGGACGAAAACCUACGCUAUAGAUAUAGCUCUGUUAGUUCUAACGCUCCAACAUUUAUGUCUCUAGGUUGAACUCAAUAAUAUAAUCAACAAUCUAGCCGUACUUCAAGGUCCAUAUUUAGUGUGUGCACAACAUCUCGAAGAUCUUCUUGUGCAUCAUCAAGAAAACACAUCAAUAUCUUUACCACCUGAAAAUCAUUGUCAUCACGAUGUCCUCUUUAGAAGUGUAAGUCUGCAAUGAACUAUUAUUAAUUUAUUAAAAUAAUAAUUAUAAUAAUAAAUUAUUAUUAGCCCUUAUGACAAUCCAGGUGUGCGGAUUAUUUGGUUAAUUUGAUUGGUUAAUCGGAUAUAUCAAACGCAUGUGAUUGGUUAAUAAUCCAUUAGGCUAAUGGGGCGGCAGUGGAAGUAAAACCUGAACCUUUUUGAUAUUUGAUCUUAAAUUCAAUGGGUUCAUUGUUAAGCCACCUGAUCAAGGGGCUGAGAAUGAACUUCAUAUCAGUAUCUGAUAAUUGCAGUUACUUUAAUUUAGUUAGUUACCUGACCAUAAAUUAAAACGUUUCUGGGACCAGUGGUCCCAUGGUGCGCUAUGUUUUUAUCUCUUUACAUGGAAAGUGUUGCCAAAUAAAUAUAACGUAUAACAAUUGAGUACUUUUUAUUCCAGUGUCAACAAGCUGUCCUCAGUGGUGCUCUCCCUGCCAGAAUUGAUGAUGCAAUAUAUCUAGCUGCAUUGCAGUUAUAUAUCGAGGUGAGUACCAUAUAUAUAUAAGGUAAUCCUUGCGAUGAAUUAUAAACUCCAAUAAAUUGUAAAUUGGGACAAGUUAUUCAAUUCCAUUUUGACACCAGAAGUUACUCUGCUUCUGGGGCCAGUUGUAUGAACAGCAAGUAGCGUUGUUCACUGGAUAGUGAUUUUUUCAAGCUUUCUUAAGUUGCCAUUAACUGGCAUAACUCAGAUUAGAAUUUUGUAUGUAAAAAUUAAAAAAUUAAAGCUUCCUUUAUUUAUUCAUAUUCGAUCCAUAUUCGUAUGUAGUUUUAUAGCUUUGAAGCAUUUUUACAAUCGUUGAAAAAAUCACCACCCGGUGGAUAGUCCUAUCCAGCCUUCGUACAACCGACCCCUGUACAUUAAUUAGUGAUUGCUGGCUUGGUAGAGCUUGUUGUAGAAGCUUGCUGUGGUUUUAGAACAUUCUCGAACAUUUUUGUAAUUUGUCAUAUAAUUGAACCAUCCUAUAUGAAAAUUCGGCCUUCUUUUAUCCAACUUCUAUUGGAAAUAAUGUUUCAGUUUGUGAUGUUACUCUGAGUGUGCAUCCACACCGAGCAGGCUGAAAGUUAGCUUGGCCACGGUGGGAAUCGAACCCGCGACCUUUGGGAUACUAGUCCAAUGCUCUACCAACUGAGCUACAAGGUCAAGUCGGUUCGAGUUGAUGUUAUUUCGUAUCAAUGGUGGACUUAGUAUCCCAAAAGUCGCGGGUUCGAUUCCCACAGUGUACAUAACGCCUGCACACACAAAAAGUAUCAUAUUCUAUUGGAGAAGAGAAGAAUUUAAUUUAGCACACAUACAUCUAUGUACAAGUAUUAUAUAAAUGGUAUAAAUGUAAAUUGAAUAAAAGAGUAAAAAUUAUGUAGAGGUAUAUAGUAAUCAGAUGUGCACAGUGGUCAAAGUAGCGUAAGGCUUUCGAGUUGACCACUGUCUAGCUUUCGAGUUGAUCACUGUCUAUUGGAAAUGUACCAAACGAGGUAUUUCUAUCGUUAUACCACUCUUAGAUAAGAUAGAAACAACAAUUUAUUUCUCGUUGUCUCUAUAUAGCAAUCGUCAGCGGGAGACCAACCAAGUGCAAAAGUAUUUGUAACAGACGCUGGUUUAGAGAAGAUUUCAACAUCGCGUAUAAAACUUUGCCUCAAUCCUGCUUUUCAUAAAGUCAAGAACGUAUAUAAGAGAGUUCGUGUCUAUAAUGAACAGAUUGUAAGAGAAGCACCCUCACAACGGAAGGCGAAGCAUGAUUUUAUUGAUUGCUGCCAAGGAAUGGUACCGUAUGGUUGCAAAUUCUUUCGUGUUAAGGUAAAAUAGGAAAAUAAUAAUUAUAACAUUGGUUCAGUUCGACAUAUAGAUCAACGUCUUGUUAUAAUUUCGCAUCAAUCGCAUGAAAGGAUUGCUUUUAGUCUUUUCCAAACAGUUUAGGUCCAUGGGUGGUUCCAGCUAUAGACUAAAUUUUGAUCAAGGCAAGAAGAACAAAAUCCAACACCACAGCUAGAAAGAGCGUCUUAGAAUGAGUAAAACUGCAAAGAUUGGUUGCUAAAUGGUGUAAAAUGAAGAAAAUAUAGCCCUGUGAAGUUCGGAAAUUUUGUAUAUAUUUGUAUUACGCGCGUUAAAAAUAACCACUUUCGGCUCAAAAUGGUUGUUUUUCCUGCACGUAAUGCAAAUAUAUACCAAUUUUGCGAACUUCACAGAGCUAUAUUUUCCUCAUUUUACAACAAUUUGCAACCAAACUUUGCAAUUUUACUUUAUGCUCUUUCCAUGCAGCUAUGGUAAUGGAUUUCGUUCUUUUUGUCUCGAUCAAAAUUUCGUGUAAAGCUGGAAUCAUCCAUUCCAGGAACUCCCGUUUCCUCCUGUGGUAAUACGUUAGACAGAACAGUUUGGAACUGAUAGAACUACUGUAUCCAGUAUACAUCAACUUAGUUGAAUUUAGGUUUCUUCCUUUAGUAACAUGGCAACAAAGAGGGAUUGCUCUUGCUGUACUGGGGCGGUUCAGGACUGAUAGGGCUAUCGAGUAUAAAUAAAGUUAGUUUAGUUUAAUUAAGAUUCGUCCUCUGGCAAUACUGGAUGAAUAAUGGAGGAUCCUUACUGGACUUCUUGAAGGAACCGUUUACCCAUAUGAUAGAGCUAUAUCCAGUAUAAAUAAAUAAUUUUAGUUCUGUAGUAACACUUGAUGAAUAAAGCCUGUUUUCCAUAUGAAUAAAGCCUGUUUUCGAACUGUCGCGAACGUGUUGUAACUGUCGUAACUGAAUGAAGAAAAGUCUUGUCGUGACACGCCAGCGUGGCAUGCUCUUCUAGGGGAGGGAAUUGAGCCAAUCACAAUUAUCAGCAGCUGACUGCCGAGAGUGAUCGAUUUUACCUGCGCUUUUGGGCAGGCCCUUCCUCAAUUCUCUGCCCUAGAAGAGCCGGCCACGCUGGCAAUAGUUCACGACAGUUACAGCAGUUUUGUCGAGAUAGACUCGAAUUCUAUCUCGACGACAGUUGCGACAGGCUAAAAACGUGGAAACAGAAAAACGAGAUCUUUAGGAAGAACAGUUUACAACUGAUAAAGCUAUAAUAAAGUUAGUUUAAUUUAGCCAUACCUUUUAGUCAAGCCACUAACCCAUGCUCAAAUUCGCAGAGCUUUAUAUUUUGCAAUUAACAAUACAUCAUUGUGUUUUACAGAAUCUUCUCACUUUAUUUCAGGAGAUCACAUGCAGCAAGUCUCAUUUGAACAAACGACUGUUGGGCAUCAGUCCUAAAGAUGUUGUACUCUUGGAAAACAAGACUCGAAGUGUUCUAAAGAAAUGGGACCUCAAGAGUCUACUUGGUUGGAAAGCGGACGAGAGUAAUGGCUCGUUGUUCUUGUUGUUCUCUGAGUCGAGUUUUCAUUUUGUUUGUGAAAGUAGAACUGAACGUGAGCGACUUCAGGGCACCAUUAAACAAUGCGUCUAUCAACGAAAUUGUGAGGUGAGCCUACAGUGUACAUUUGCGUGUGCUGAUCCCACGCACUUAUAA